AUGCCCACAUUAACGUCCUGGCUCUUCAAGAGGAUCUACAAUACUCUCAAAGACAAAGACAUGAGAUCUUAUCUCUCAACUUGGUUCAGACUUGGUGCACUCGUGUUACCACUACUUCUUAUACUUUUCACUCUCUCCUCUCAAGUUGAAGUUGUGGAAUCUAGAGACCGCAAACUUGCGUUUUGGGAGAAGCCUAUCGUGUGGACACCUCCUUCAAACUCAUGUGGAGCUUUUCCAGCAGCAAUAGAGUCUUCCAAGUGGACGACAGGCCGACCAUGCAGACAUAGUCGUCCUCCAGGAACUAAUAUCUCAAACUCUUUAAUACUUCAAAAGUCGCCGGUUCGAGUAGCAUUUGGAACGAGACCAUAG